AUGAGCCGCCGAGGAUCCGGGUCGUCCUUCUCGAGCAGCAGCGACGUCAACUUCGACGAUCUGGACGAUCAGCAGGUGUUCGGCUUCCUGGAAGAUGACGACGACUCGCGCUCAGCCAGCUCCAGCAGCCGGUCGAGGAGCCCAAGUGCAGACUUUCGUCUCGACUUCUCAUCGAGGAUUAAUGCCUCGCGAGCACCGCCCCCUCCGAUGCCAGCAGUUGCUCGGAAAAGCGUCGCCACCACCAAGCCCCGCUCGCCUUCCCUGACCGCAAAGAAACGAGUGGUGAAGCGACCGUCUUCGUUGACGAUUUCCACUACUGGUAGUAGCACUUCGUCGGCAUCGAAGCUGUUCUCUCAAAAGAGGGAGAACUCAGCAGAGAAUGUGCUUCAAGCCUCAGUCUCUUCCAAAGACUCGGAUAGUGACUCGAUCUUCGAGCUGGCAGCAACCGCGGCAACCCUCAACACCAGCACCGGAAGCAGAAGUGGGAGCGCCAGUGGAGGCGUCGCCCCGCUUGGGAAUUCCAACGCUCUGGUCGCUGCGCUUGCAUCCUUGCAGGCUCAAGUGGAACUCCUAACGAGCGAGAAAGCGCAACUGGAGACCGAAGCAGUCACAGCGCGCACGACGAUCCAUAACCUGGAGCAGAAGCUGGCAGCGUCGGAGCAGUCCAGCGACCUCUUUGCUCGCCAACUCGACAACGUCAAGGAGAGCUUCCAGGCUAAGCUCAUGGCUCGUGAGGAAGAGGUGUCGCUCGAGAAGAUGACCCUGGCCAAGGAGAAGGAGACGCAAUUUCAGCACCAGCAGGCUCGCUUCACAACUGAAGCGGAGCUGUGGAAGCACGAGAUCGCGGCUCUGACCAAGGUCAAGCUGGAGCUGGAGAGCGAGACCGACCGACUCCACGGCGAGCUGAACAAUGAGCUCGAUCGCACCUCGGAAGAGCUUCAGAUGCUUCUGCAAGAACGAGAGCGCUUCGAGCGCGCUCAAACCGAGAUCGCCGAGCUCCGGGCGCAAAUGGCCAGUGACUUCCAGCAGCAUGAACUCCAACGCCAGCAACUGGAAGAACGAGUGCACAGCCUGCUCCAGGAACGAGAGGUCCAGGCCGCCGGAUACGAGCGCGAGCGUCAGUCUUGUCUUCAACAGCACGAAGCAGAGAAGGCCAAGCUGCUUCGCUUCGUCCAGGAAGUCCGCGGGCUCCAUCGCCUGCUCCAGAUCUCGGUCGUUGACGCGCGUGAACAUCUCAACAACGAGGUCAAGAAGACCAAGGACGUACUGGAGACCAUCCAGCAGCAAGCGAGCGAUUUCGCUGUACACCAAGGCGACCGCGAUGUGGCUCUGAUGUCGCGCAAGGGCCGCAUCCUGCAGCUCGAGACCCAGCUGAAGAACGACCGACAGACCAUCAACCAGCUCGAGUCGACGCUCGCCAAAUCGACGCGCGUGCUCGAGAAGAAGCAUUCGACGCUGAAGACCAAGUUCCAGGAGCAGCGAGAGCACCUGGAGAUCACGCUGGCAGUGCGGCAGGGGCUCACGACCGACCUGCAGGCCAAGAGGAAGCAGGUGUCCGAGCUCGAGCGAGAGGUGGCGAGGCUCACCCUGGCCAAGGGCAAGGCGGACGUCAAGCUCAAGCACGCGCAACAGCAGAUCCAGGCCAUGCAAAAGGUCCACGCGUGCGAGAUGGAGAAGAUCGCGAGGAAGAAGGGCGUCUCG